AAAGAACCUUUUCUCCCUUCUCAAGUAUGUCUAAAGGAAAUGUAAGAAUACAUGUUCUGGAGAAGAACAGAACUUUUAUUGAAAGAGCUAAACCAAGCCAGAAUUUGUUAUCCAGACAUUUCAACAAAGUUUACCCCUUUGGGCUCUCAAAAAGCAGUUCACCUCUUUCUCUUUCAUCCUUAUCAUUAUCAUUGUCGCAGACUUCGAAUGACUCUUCUACUACAGAUUCUAUUUCUCAGCUUGAACGUAAGAUCCUUUUGUCUCUUCGGCGGAUCACACCACCACCAGAAAGAAAAGAAGUCGCUGUGGCUAACAACAUUCAACCACGUAGUCAGGAUUCUAAUGCUGAGGGCCUCAAGAGGUGCAACUGGAUUACAAAGAACAGUGAUAAAGUUUAUGUGCUCUUUCAUGAUGAACGCUGGGGGGUUCCAGUUUAUGAUGACAAUCAAUUGUUCGAACUGCUUGCAAUGUCUGGAAUGCUAAUGGAUCACAAUUGGACAGAAAUUCUAAAGAGAAAGGAACAGUUCAGAGAGGCUUUUGCUGGAUUUGAUCAUAAUGGUGUUGCCAAAAUGGGGGAGAAAGAGAUUGCUCAGAUAGCAUCCAACAAAGCUCUCAUGGUAACAGAGAGCAGAGUGAGGUGCAUUGUAAAUAAUGCCAAAUGUGUAGCAACGAUUGUGAAGGAAUUUGGAUCUUUCAGCAGCUAUUUGUGGGGUUAUUUGAAUCACAGGCCUGUGAUCAACAGAUACAAAUACCCAAAAAAUGUGCCUCUAAGGACUCCUAAGUCAGAGGCCAUUAGCAGGGAUCUAGUGAAGCGUGGAUUUCGGUUCGUCGGGCCAGUGAUCAUCCACUCAUUCAUGCAAGCCGCAGGCAUGACAAUUGAUCAUCUUGUAGAUUGCUUUAGGUAUGGUGAAUGUGUGGAUCUUGCAGAAGCCCCUUGGAAUGUGUUCUAAUGCUCCUAUGAAGUAAUGGCCCUCCAUAAGUCACCUUUCAUACAAAUUUUGCAUAAUAUGAGAAAUGACCAACAUAUUGGAUUGUUCAAUCCUCCGCUCUCUAAUGUUUUUUCCUCCUCUGCUUUUGUUUUGCCAUUUUUUUUCUCUUGGGUCUUGUUCUGGUUUUUGUUUUUUUCUUCUUUUGUGCAGUCUAGCUUCUCAUAGCAUGGUGCUGUAAAGGCUGGGAUUCUUGUCAUUAUAUAAUACGAUCACCUUCAUUAUGUAA